GGAAAUCGAGAUGAUGGUAAAAUUAGUAAAACAGAUAAAGCAGUUUUAAAUUUAAAAAUACAAAGAGAUAAAUUAAAAAAUUAUCAAACACAAUUAAAUGUUAUUAUUCAAAGAGAGGUUACUAUAGCAAAAGAAUGUGCAAAACAAGGUAAAAAGAAUCAAGCAUUAUUAGCAUUAAAAAAAAAGAAAUAUCAAGAGAAAUUGUUAGAGGAUUCAUUUGCAAAUUUACAAAAUAUAGAGGAACUUAUUUCAAAUAUAGAACAAGCUGAAAUUCAAAAUAGAAUCUUUGAAAGCCUUAAACAAGGUAAUGAGGCUCUUAAAGAUAUUCAAAAAGAAAUGUCUCUCGAGGAUGUUGAAAACUUAAUGUCUGAAACAGAAGAGGCUAUUCAAUACCAAAAUGAUAUUUCAGAAGCUUUAAGUGGUAAAUUCAGCCAAGAAGAGGAGGAUGCUCUUUUAGAAGAAUUAGAUCAAAUGGAAAAACAA